AUGGCGCGUAGGAGUUUGGAAGACAUCCUCGCUGGAAGUGAACUUGAUCAUAUUCUACAGCAAUCAAAGCCAGGUUGCGAACUAGUGCACUACGACAUACAACCGGCUGCUCAAGGAUUGAUAGGUUUCCUCGGAGACCACUUGAAGGUUACUCUAAGAGUGAAACGAAAUGAAACACUCGAGAAGAUUCAGUUGUUCAUUAAGACCGUACCGAUGUAUAACAAGCCGAAAGCAGAUUUCAUUACAGAAAAUUGUUUUUAUGAAAAGGAAGCUUUAAUAUAUAAAAUAAUCGAUGAAAUGGAUGAAACAGACGGCAACGACAGCUGGUCUCCAAAAUCUUUAAUUCACAAUGACCGAGUUCUCGCGAUGCUAGACUUAUCUGUGGAUGGAUACAAGUCUCUUCCAGUUCUGGAGUACUUCGACAGGAAUCAUGUGUUAGUUACCGCAUCAGCUAUUGCUCGAUUCCACGCAGCUUAUGCCAAUUAUGUCACUAAGAAAAGUACUGAACUUCUUGACUAUAAUAUAUUAGAUGAUUACCAACUUGUGGCAACAGAAUCGGUGUUCAAAAGGUGUCCCGUCUUAUAUGCGGCCGCUAAAUUAACUUCAACAUUCAUUAAGGAAUUUUUGAAAGUGAGCGAUGUCUAUCCAAAUAAUUUAGAAGAAAUUGUUUAUGACGUCUUCGUCAAAGGUAGCGAGACUUUAAGAGAGAGACCAGAUACGUUAAAUGUGCUUCUUCAUAGAGAUUUGUGGACGAAUAACAUUAUGUUUAAAUACAAGGAAGAAGUUCCCACUCGAGCCAUCCUCGUCGACUAUCAGUGUGUAAGAUAUGGACCUCCGGCCUUCGACCUCAUGAUCUUCUUGUACCUAACAACUUCUACAAAUUUUCGGGACUUAUAUGAGAAAGAAGUAUUCAAUCAUUACUUUAGCGUUUUCACACACAAUUUAGAUGAACCCACGAGGAAGAGGCUGGAAAAAUACAAUUAUAAUCUAGAAGCUUUCUUAAGCCUUUGCGAGGAAGCUCGUCUGUUCGCUCUCGUGGAAGCACUAACAAUAUUCCCUUUCGUCUUGAUGGACCCCAAGACCGCACAGGUGACCUUCGACGAUCCUACUACAUUUACUGACCUCAUCGAAGGUGAUCGGUCAGCUCCUGUGAUGGCACUCGCUAGAAGAAACAUUAAAUAUAGAAAACGACAAGUGGAAGUUUGCGAAGAGUUCAUUAAACAGUAUGUAAAUUUAAAAAACACUUAG